GUUUGGCUGAUCCCCGCUGCAGAUAUUUAAAGAUAAUUGAUGGCUGAAUUAAGUCAAACUGAUGCAAGUCAGAUGAGCACUCAGAGUUUGCGUGAGACUCAGGAGUGCCCUGAUAUCAGUUUGGGGGAAGAAACUGUAUGGGGACGUCUUCUUGCCUUGCGCCCAAAUGUCAAAGUAUAUCAUUUUUCAGAAAAUAGCUAUACUUUUGGCCGGGGCUUCGUUGAUCACCAACUCACCAAGGAAUGUUUUGAUCCAUCUAUUCUAACUGCUAUAUCAAAGAAACAUUUUCGCAUUGUGCGUGAGCAAAAAGGCAGUGGUGAUGCUGUUAUCUACAUCGAGGAUUUAAGUUCUAAUGGAACUUUCCUUAACCGAAGGCUCAUUGGCAGGAAUAAAAAAUCCGUUCUGAAACACAAUGAUGAAAUUGGUCUUGCACAAGCUAAUAAGAAAGUUUUUAUGUUUUAUGACUGCGAGAACCCGGAUGCUGUUCAGUAUCCCUGUGAGCUUUCCUCGAAGUACACACUAACUAAAAAACUUGGAGAAGGCAACUAUGGCGAAGUGAGACUAGCCUACAAACAGGAUACUCUAGAAAGAUGUGCUAUCAAGAUAAUAAAGAAGAAAGUGCUGAGUGCUAAUGGAAACACGGUUUUAAUGAACCAAGUUUCACAGAUUCAAAAUGAAAUAACUCUUCUUCAGUCCAUCGAUCAUCCCUGCAUUGUGCGUCUAUGGGACGUGAUAGAGGCUGAAGAUAGAAUCUUUCUGGUGAUGGAUAUCGCUGAGGGUGGUGAGCUGUUUGACCGCAUCACCGGCACUGGACACUUACAAGAGUCUGUGUCCAAACUCUACUGCUACCAGCUCGCCCUCGCCAUCGAACACUUGCAUCAGCAAGGCAUCACACACAGGGACAUCAAGCCAGAGAACAUUUUGCUGGCAACGGAGGACGUGCGAUCCUGUGUGAAACUUAGCGACUUUGGUCUAUCCAAGCUGACCGCCGACGCUUCAAUGAUGAGUACUUUCUGCGGAACGCAGAUGUACAUCGCCCCUGAGCUGCUCGACAUUAACCAGCGCGCAUACACUAAUAAAGUUGACCUCUGGAGCUUCGGUGUUGUCGUUUUUGUUUGCUUGGCGGGAUAUCCUCCCUUCUAUGACUCAGAUCAACACAAGCAGCGCUACCUUAUUCGCUCAGGAAUAUUUUCUUUCAAGAGGCCAGUGUGGACAAAUGUUUCUGCUGAAGCAAAAGACCUCAUCACUAAGCUGCUCGUUGUCAACCCUGACGAACGAUAUGAUGCUCAGCAAACACUGCAACAUCCUUGGUUUAAAAAUGACGCAGUGAUGCUGCAGGCGGCGGCUGAAAUCUUGAAGAACGAGGAAGAGGGAACGGAAUCGCCCUGCUGUGUUGAAGCUCCUGAAACUGUACAGGCAAACGGCCACCUGAAGCGCCCACUCACAAGUCCUGAAACUCGUCGACGCGUCCAAGAGGCCAAGACUCCGCGCCUCCUCCCUACUGCUGCUCAAUAAGCAGCAUGCUGCUCCUCUGUCGGAGAGAUGAACAAUUAGGUUAAUGGAAUAGAAUUUUCUAAUGUUCCAUGAAGCAUCGUUUUAUGCAUUCCAAUAGUACAGUGUUUAAUCUGUUUUCAAUAGUUUACCACCUGGUUUUUGACUGUCAUGCUGUCUGUCAGGUAUUUAAAAAAAAACACCAUUACUAACUAUGGGUUUGCAUGGUUGUCUAACAUCGGCAGCUUCCUCAAGAAUUGUGAUUAUAAAAGACUCCUAUCAAUUGACUUGCUGGCGUCUCGUCGAGACCUCUUUAUGUUGAUAAGUAUAUACUACUGAUAUGCUCAUAUCUGACAAAUAGUCGACCAAAAAUCGAAUAAUUUUAUUAUUUCAUUAAUUUUGAAAAUGACUACGUUAUCGCCGCUAUUGCUAAUCUUUCUAGUUAUGGACACAACUGAAGAAGUUUUUUUUUACUCCAUUGUACGGUGUUAUUCGUUGUUAUUAAAAUUAAAAUGAAAAAAAGGCACAGACUUUUUUGGAAAUUCUCAACAAUUUAAAAUCUCAAAUAGGUACUUGUUCAUUCGAAGUAAUUAUUGCCGUGAGAUGUAAUACGCAUAUUUAAUGUUUAUUGCAACCAAACGACAUGAAGGAUUUAGUGAGCUGCUCACUAAUAGUUCUGCUAAGGAAGCCUUCACGGAAUGAUGUUGCCGUUGUGUACCUACCUGUGUGGCUUUAUUGUGUAGAGGAGCAGGUACGAAUUGGAUGUGAAUUUUUCCAACGUGCCUCUGUUAAGUUAGAAAGCACUGGGAAUAACUAAAAAUAUUAAGUAACAGUGUAUGGAAAUAAUUAUGUUUACCAAAAUUUAGUUAAGCUACAAACUUGUUGCAAUUUUUUAGUGUUCUUUUUGAAGCAGUUGCCGAAUUUCUGUACAGUUGAAACAACUAUGUCUGCGGAGCGAUUUUGGCUGUUUCAGCUUUUAAUUUUUCUGUUACUUGGGGUCCGCUUUUCAUUUUUUCUCUGAUGAAUUACCUUUGUAUUUCAUUUCACGGUCUCAGAAGUUGAGAAAUAAUGCUGUCCAAACUUUUUUUCAUUUCGUUCGUUUUCUUAAUUUUUUUAGUGUUAUGUGAAGCUUUUUCUUAGAUUCAAAGUGAUUUUUCUUAGAAGAAGUUUGUUAUUCCAUUGAAACUGCAAAUUUUUUCGUCAUUCUGCAUUGCUUUAGUUCAAAAUGUUGAAGUCUUUGGGGAAAAUAUCUCAUUGAAAAGAACGCUCCUUGAUGUUGCACUCGCUACGGUACAUAUCUUCCGUUUAUGUUUUCGCUGUUGUGAAUUUAUGAGCAUAUAUUAUUGAAAAUUAAUGAACUGAAACCACACAUCUUCAACUCACAGCGUGCUUACAAUUGAGUUUAGGAUAUUUCGUACAUUUUAUUAUUAUAAUCAGGGAAUGCGACCACUAUCAGUCACAAAUGUUACUUUUUGCUAGCAUUUGCUUGCAAUUUCGAUUCAUCAUGCUGCCUUUCGCCCAUAGUUCCGCCCACGUGGUCCAUCAACAAUGUGAGGGCCUGCCAUUCUCAAGUAUUGGAAAUCCCGUAUACACUGCGUGUAUAUUGUUGUACUGGUGACAGCGCGAGUGUAUAUUAGUGUUAAGAUUGGUCACUGCAUUCUCGUAGUUUUAUAUUGUUUGUCGAUGCAGCAAUAGUACUCUCAGUUUGUCAAGUUGUCAAUUCUUGGGAUAAUAUUUUCCUAAUUCAAUUGUUGUUUUUAACCACGGAUUAUCAAUUUCUUAAGAGGGAUUCUUAAGGUACUGUGUUGCAGAAUCUCUGAAUUUCAAUGUCAUUACAGUUUGUAACGUGUUAUAUGCAUCUCUCAACAUUGUUUCUGCCAACUGUCUUUUUCGCGUUCAUUAGAUACCGUAGCGGCUUCUCAGAAGCGAGGAACUAUGGAAUCACUUAAUAAAUUAGGGCUUUGCAAGCGUCUAUCGUAGGCACCUUUUCCUAUUAAAAACGUGUUAAUAUUCAUCUUUUCGUAAUCAAAUAUUUUGAAUCCUGA